AUGUCAGCCCCGGCGGCCAGAGUAGCUCGGCAGCGGGCGGCAGCCGAAGGUCUUGGCUCCCACCAGAAAGCCGUGAAGUACUUGGGCCAGGACUUCGAGAGCCUGAGGCAGCAAUGCUUGGACUCAGGGGUCCUCUUUAAGGACCCGGAGUUCCCCGCGUGCCCGUCUGCCCUGGGCUACAAGGAUCUGGGACCACACUCCCCCCAAACCCAAGGCAUCGUCUGGAAACGGCCCAGGGAAUUGUGUCCCAGCCCCCAGUUUAUUGUGGGCGGAGCCACGCGCACAGACAUCUGUCAGGGGAGUCUAGGUGACUGCUGGCUGCUGGCCGCCCUGGCCUCCCUGACCCUGAAUGGAGAGCUGCUUCGCCGCGUGGUCCCGGGGGGCCAGGAUUUCCAGCAGAACUACGCGGGGAUCUUCCGUUUUCAGUUCUGGCAGUACGGCGAGUGGGUGGAGGUGGUCGUGGACGACAGGCUGCCCACCAAAGACGGGGAGUUACUGUUCCUGCACUCGGAGACAGGCAGCGAGUUCUGGGGAGCGCUGCUGGAGAAGGCCUAUGCCAAGCUCAACGGUUCCUAUGAGGCUCUCACUGGAGGGUCCACGGUGGAGGGGUUUGAGGAUCUCACUGGCGGCAUCUCUGAGUUUUAUGAUCUGAAGAAGCCCCCAGCCCACCUGUUUCAGAUCAUCCGGAAGGCCCUCCGUGCGGGGUCCCUGAUGGCCUGCUCCAUUGAUGUCUCCAGUGAAGCCGAAGCAGGAGCAGAGGUGACCACCUGCCAGAAGCUGGUGAAGAGCCAUGCCUACUCUGUCACUGGGGCCCAAGAGGUGGAUUUCCGGGGCGGUCCUGAGAAGCUGAUCAGACUCCGGAACCCGUGGGGCGAAGUGGAGUGGACGGGGGCCUGGAGUGACCAUGCCCCAGAGUGGAAUGACAUAGACCCCAGGCAGAAGGCGGAGCUGGACAAGAAAGUGGAGGAUGGCGAGUUCUGGAUGUCAUUUUUGGAUUUCCUGGGGCAGUUCUCUCGGCUGGAGAUCUGCAACUUGUCCCCGGACUUCCUGAGCAGCGAGGAGCUGCACAAAUGGGACCUGGUCCUGUUCAACGGCCGCUGGACUCGGGGCUCCACCGCCGGGGGCUGCUUGAACUUCCCAGCCACUUACUGGACCAAUCCCCAGUUCAAAAUCCAUUUGGAGGAGGGGGACGACAGCCAGGAGGGGGGCGUCGGUGAACCCUGCUGCACGGUGCUCCUGGGUCUGAUGCAGAAGAAUCGUCGGCACAAAAGGAUAGGACAGGGCAUGCUCAGCAUCGGCUACGCGGUCUACAAGGUCCCCAGAGAGCUUCAGAGCCACACGGAUGUGCCCCUGGGCCGGAACUUCUUCCUGGGCCGCCAGCCCUGUGUGCGCUCUAGCACCCACGCCAACCUGCGGGAGGUGUCCGGCCGGAUGCAGCUGACCCCGGGGGAGUACCUGAUCGUGCCGUCCACCUUCGAGCCCUUCCAGGACAGAGAAUUCUGCUUGAGGCUGUUCUCACGGAAGGCCAAGGCCCUGGAGAUGGGAGCUGUGGUGGCUGGAAACCCACAUGAGCCGCGCCCGGGCGACGUGGACCAGGAGGUCGGCCAGUUCUGGAGCCUGCUGGGGAAGCUUGCGGGGAAGGAUUCUGAGAUUGGUGUCCAUGCACUCAGGACACUUCUGAAUGAGGCUUUUUCCAAAGAAGCAGAUGUAAAAUUCCUCGGAUUCGGCGCCAACACUUGCAGGGAGAUGAUCAGCUUGAUGGACAGCAGCGGCACGGGCACCUUGGGGCCGGCGGAACUCAGGACGCUCUGGCUGAAGAUUCAGAAGUACCUGGACAUCUACCGGGAAACUGAUCACAACCACUCAGGGACCAUCGACGCCCAAGAGAUGAGGAUGGCCCUCGGGAAGGCAGGUUUCACGCUCAGCACCCAGGUGCAGCAGACCCUAACCCUGCGGUACGCGGACGGCAGACUCCGCAUCGACUUCGAUGGCUUUGUGGCCUGUGUGACCCGCCUGGAGACCCUCUUCAAACUGUUCGGGCUGCUGGACAAGGACCAGAGCGGCACGGUCCGGCUCUCCCUGGCUGAGUGGUUGUGCUGUGUGUUGGUCUGA